AUGGCGGCGCACCUUUUGCUUGCGGACGGUGAAAGUCACAUGGCCGCAGCGCGUGGGCAGCCUUCGAGACCUUCGCACAGCGCACACCCUUCUGUGUACGCGCUCUUUUAUGACAUCCACGAAGACACCAGCAAGGGCUGUUUCACCCUGCUCGACGACGAGCAGCCCUUGGCGCUGGACUUGCGGCGACAGCAGAACGAGGCCUCCCUGCCCGUCAACCAGGAGGAAGAGGAGGAGGAGCGGCGCAACGAGGCCUCCCUGCCCGUCAUCCAGGAGGAGGAAGAGGAGGAGGAGGAGCGGCGCGACGAGGAGUCCGAUCCGGAAGAUGAGGGAGAGGCUUACGAAGAGGUGAUGGAACUAAUGAGGCAACAGGGUUUAUGGCGAAUGAGAAUGGAGCUGAUGGACCAGAUUCCCGGGCAGCCAUCGCGUCGGGACCCUGAGUGCAUUUAUCUCGUCAUCGAGCUGCCAUCAGGAAAUAUUCUCAUGAGGAGGUUCCGGCGCUCAGAAUCGCUCAAGUACCUCCACUUCUUCGUCCUCUGCCAUGCGGAAGCGCCCAUCAACUUCGACAUCCUGAGGGAUUCGACGAAACGGCUACUGCCCUGUGAGCCCACGCGAGAGUGCCCCGAGCCACCGACUUUCGAGGAGCUUGGACUAUUGCCGAUAGAGAAACUGAUUGUCUUAAAAGCGGACGAUUGA